UUCAGUGCCUGUUUCUAUUGAUUUAUCUAACACAAUGGGUCCGCCCCAUGGGCUGCUUCAAAUGAAUAUAAAUACAUCUGCCAUUCACCUUUAACUGUCCCCACAGGCAGUUUGUGCAACCUAUUGACGCCCCCUCAGCUUUGUAGAAAUAGAAAAUGCAUUAGCUUAUUUUUUUUCUUUAAAUUAUUCUUAUUUAAGGUUCAAGGGGAUUUUUCACUUAUUCAAACACCCUUUUGGGUAUCAGUGGCUUUGCUGCGCUCAAGGUUGUCCUGUGCACAAUGGGGGUCAAAGCAGCUCUUCCCAGGUAUGAGCUCUAUGUUUACACUGUAGUGCUGUGUAUGGCAAUGCUCUGGUCUACAAGAUGGAUAUUUGAUGUGUCCAGCUCAAAUUCCAACAGAAAAACCUUUAAGACCAGCAUUCAGCCAGGAUGGUACUACUCUGGCAGAAAAAUGGAUACAGCUGAUGUCGAGUGGAUGAUGUGGUUCUCUACGUUCAGAGAUCAUAUCAUCUUUGCUCUUUCAGGUCAUGUGAUCUUUGCCAAGAUCUGCUCUAUGCUGGCUCCUCAGUACAGAUCCCUGGUUUACAUGGCGUACGGUAUGCUGGCUGUUUUCACCAGUAUGGGCUGGGCAUAUGUCACUCUCAUCCUCUCUCACUGUAUACUGUUGUACAGCAUCUCUCUGGUUAAGCUCAGGUGGCUCUGCUUUACGGCAGGCCUCACCACACUGGCCACCUUUAAAAUGGAGCCCUUCAUUUCCUGGCAGACAGGAUUUGUUAGUGGCUCUUUUGAGCUUCGUCCUAUCCUGUACUAUGGUGGCUGUGGGUUCACCAUCAUGCGCUGCAUGAGCUUCGCUCUUGAGAACUGUGAGAGGAAGGAUGGAAACUACAGCAUCUUGGAGCUUCUCAAGUACAACUUUUACCUUCCCUUUUUUUUCUUUGGGCCCGUCAUGACCUUCGACAAAUUUUACCUUCAGGCCAAUAACCCAAACCUAACCAGGAAGGAAGGGGAGAUGUGGAAUAUUUCCAUCCAGGCCCUGCUGCAUUUGGGAAUCAUUACUAUAGUAGCGAUCAUCUUUCAUUUCAUGUACAUUCUCACUGUACCCUGUGACAUGAAGCUUCUUAAACACAUCUCUGACUGGGCACUCAUCGGAUUGGCCUACUUGAAUCUGGUGUAUGAUUGGGUAAAAGCUGCUGUGAUGUUCGGGGUGAUAAACACAGUGUCAAGACUGGAUCAUCUGGACCCUCCCAAACCGCCAAAAUGCAUCACUAUGCUUUAUGUGUUUUCUGAGACACACUUUGAUCGAGGAAUAAACGACUGGCUUUGCAAAUAUGUUUAUAACUACCUCGGCGGUAAACAUGAGAACACUUUGAAUGAGCUGAUAGCGUCUCUGUGCACUUAUGGUAUUGCGGCCCUAUGGCUUGGACCAAGCUGGGUAGUUUUCACCUGGGCUUUCUUAAACUGCUUCGGCCUUAAUUGUGAAUUAUGGACUGCCAGGUUCUUCAACAUGGAGCCUUUUAUUUCUAUUGAGAUGGCAAUAUCAGAUUCAAUGUCACGCAGAAUAAGGGCUGUGUUUAAUACCUUCAACUUCUGGAUGAUUGUUCUCUACAACAUCUUGAUUCUGAACAGUCUAGAUUUUACAAACCUUGUUGCCAAGAGAUUGUUACUUAAAGGUUUUCCCUUCACUACCAUCACUGCCAUGUUUGUUACCUACUGCCUAAUUCAAAUGAUUAAGGAAAGAGAAAGGAGGCAGGCCCUGAUCGAUGAUCCAGACCCAAUCCCACCUCCUGCCCCCAUUCCUCCACCCUCCACUGCACCCAGCACCACCACAGUACCCAGCACCCAGACAGAUGCUGCUGCUGCCCAGCCUGUGGACGGCAACAAGGAGAAAGCAGAGUAGAGUUCAGAUGUGACGGUUACUGAAACCACCUAAAUGGUUUACUUACAUAUUUGUGGUCUUGAAAAACAGCAGACAGUAAUAGCCUGGAAAUCUAAAGGAAGAAUGGUGUUAUAAUGAGAGUACUGUAUGGAGAGAUGCUGUGUUUAAAACAGCUAUUCUGAAGUUCUGCUUUUACAUGAUUGACAGUUUUACAUAGCACAUAUCAGUAACACAUAUUAUAUCUAUGUAGUUACAAAACUUGGUGGGUUGAUUUUAGUACUUGAGUAGUUUUAAUGCAAAUGAUUCUGGAAAUUAUUCUUAUAAGUAGUUCACACCUGUGGUUCCACUGCACCGAGUAUGAAAUGAUGUGAAAAUCACAAUAAUAACUACAUAUGAUUCAAACGAAAGAUUUGUUUAACGAAUUUGUGAUGUACAUUAAAGUAAAAAUAAAAUAAAUGAGUGAUAUUUGUGUCUGUCUCAG